ACAUAAAUUCUAGCACAUAAUGGGAAUUCCAGAAUCGGGAGAAUACGAAAUUCUUAAGUUUGUCCUCAAAAUCGAAGGCCGGGAAGAGCUAUUGACAGUGCCAGUUGCUGGGGCUGAAAACAUUGAAAUGAGCAUUCCAGAAGGAACCAAUUACGUCGUCACCAUCUAUUUCAAAAUCAACAAGCCCGUCAAGAACUUCAAGUAUAUCCAAAUAGGUCGCAAGGCCGGUAUUGUGGUGAAGAGAACCGAGAGAAUUUUGGGAGAGUCGUUUGAACCCAGAGAAGAGCCAUACCUGGUUGAGUUUGACCAAGAAACCACCCCUGCUGGAUUCUUGUUCAGAGGAAAGACUCCAAUGACCUCCACUUACUACAUCGAUGAUAAAGAGAUCCAAACUGUCGACUGGACAGUGGAAAUCACCAAGAAGUAAAUAACUGCAAGCAGUAAUAACUACAAGCAGUAAUAACUGCAAGAAGUAAAUAGCUACAAUGCACAAAUAUGGCCUCAGUGCAAAGAACAC